AUGGCAAAUGUUAAACAUCUGCUCAAGAACUCACUGGAUGGCCUGGUAGAAGAUGAACUAAAGGACUUUCAGUGGCAUUUAAUGAAUGACCAUGAAUGUAUUUCAAAAGCUGAAAUGGAGAAUGCAGACAGGCGGAAGACAGUGGAUAAGAUAUUGUCAUGCUUUAAACUAGAAGGAGCUGUGAAGAUCACAGUGGACAUCCUGAGGAAAAUAAACCAGAAUCAGUUGGCUGAAGAGCUGGAGAAUACACAGAAGCAAGCUUCAGAGAACUGUAAAUCUCCUCCUCUUGAUUACACAAACACCAGCCGUGAACUAAAGGACAAAUUAAUGAUGGAAUAUCAGCAGAUAUUAAUUGGUAAUUCAGAAAUGGGUCAUCAGAAGUACCUGGAUGAUAUUUACACUGAUCUAUAUGUGGUGGAGAACGAGACUGGAGGAAGAGAGAGUGACCAUGAGGUGAUACAGAUAGAGUCGAAACACAACCAACACACAGCCAAGGAAAAACCACUCAAGUGUAAUGACAUGUUUAAAAUUCAGCCUGACACAGGUCGACAAAACAGAAGAGUCCUGACACUGGGGAUCGCAGGAGUGGGAAAAACAGUAUCGGUCAACAAAUUCAUCCUUGACUGGGUUGAGGGUAAAGACAAUCAGGAAAUAGUUUUCAUAUUUCCACUGCCGUUCCGUAGACUGAAUCUGAUUAAAAAAGAAAAGUACAGUCUCAUAGGUCUGCUUAACAAGUACUUUUUUAGUAGACCUGGAGGAUUGAGCUCUCUUCCUGAAAAACAAGGUAAGGUCAUGUUCAUCUUUGAUGGACUGGAUGAAUACCGCUUUGAAUUUACCUUUAAAGAGGUGGAUGGAAUUACAGAUGUUGAUAAGGAAAUGACAGUGAGUGAGAUAGUAACAAAUCUCUUAAAGAGACAGCUGGUGCCCUCUUCCCUCGUCUGGAUCACAUCCAGACCAGCAGCAGCCAGUUUGAUUCCCCGAAACUACAUUGAUCAGAUGACUGAGGUGCGAGGAUUCAAUGAUGAGCAGAAGGAGCAGUACUUCAUCAAAAACAGCAGUCCUGAGAUUGCUGGAAACAUCAUUGGCCACAUCAAGAAAUCCAGGAGUCUGUACAUCAUGUGCCACAUCCCCGUCUUCUGCUGGAUCUCUCUCACUGUUCUUCAGCCUCUGCUGGGUCAAGAGAGCAAUGAAAAAACACCCACAACUCUCACAGAGAUGUACAUCAACUUCUUACUGUCUCAAAAGCAACAGAUGAAAGAAAAAUACAGCAAUGAUUCUGAACCUGAAGCCAAUGCCAGGUCUUUUAAUCACAUUGUUCUGAAGCUUGGGGAACUGGCCUUUAAACAGCUGGAGGAAGGACAACUGAUUUUCUACAAAACAGAUCUGGAGAAGUGUGGACUAGAUGUUAAGGAAGGGUCUUUGUUCUCUGGAUUAUGUACUCGAAUGUUUCAGGAGGAAAGCCCAGUUUCAGGGGAACAGGUUUACAGUUUUGUACAUCUCAGCGUUCAGGAGUUUAUUGCUGCUCUCUAUGUGUUUUUCACUUACAAAGACAAGAGAGCAAAUCUAUUUCUUGAUUCCAGGAAAAAGGAACUGACAUGGAAAUUCUCUAAAAAGACCCUGUGUAAACUUCAUGAGGCUGCAGUUGAGAAGACUUUACAAAGCAAGAACGGACACCUGGAUCUUUUCCUCCGGUUCCUGCUGGGUCUCUCUCUGGAGUCUAAUCAAAGUGACCUGAAGGAACUCCUGCCAGGACUGAAGUUCGAAACUGAGAACAUCAAAGACACGACUGAUUAUAUCAAAAAGAAAAUAGAGAAGGAGAAAUCAGCAGAGAGGACCAUCAACCUCUUCUACUGUCUGAAUGAACUGAAUGAUGACUUUGUGGAGGAACUCCAGAAGAGUCUGAGCUCUGGAAAUCUUACAGCACAGGAUCUGUCCUCUGCUCAGUGGUCGGGUCUGGUGUUUGUGCUCCUGAUGUCAGAAGAAACUCAAGAGAAGUUUGAACUGCAGAAAUACAGAAGAUCUGAUGAAUCACUGAUUAGACUGAUACCAGUGGUCAAAAACACCAGAAGAGCACUGCUACAAUGCUGUAAUCUCACUGUUCGGUCCUGUGAGAGGUUGUCUUCAGCUCUACAAUCCUCAAACUGUGUACUGAGAGAGCUGGACCUGAGUAACAAUGACCUGCAGGAUUCAGGAGUAAAGCUUCUCUCUGAUGGACUGAAGAGUCCAAACUGUAAACUGAAGACACUGAGGUAA